UCGUGCUUUUUGCGGUGUCCUUUCAAUCCGUAUUCCGCGCCGGCUAGAAUGAAACGAUAUGGUGACGAGCUUCCCCUUUUUUGGCACGAUGGUUCGUAAGUGAGCAAAAACAAAAAAAAAACAAAAAUGUCACUGCAUGGUGACGAGCGACGAGAAGUCUCUGUGGUGGUCGGAUAUAUUUAGCGAGUCGCGGCGGUAGUUUAUUCGGAAGGCAGAGGAAAGUGCUCGGGUGCGCUGGUCGAAAAGGCAAACGUGUUUGUGUUCUUUCUUGCUCGUCUAGUAAGUGCGGUGUGUAAAUAGGUACUGCACAGUAAGAAACGAAUAAAAAAAAAGAGAAAAAGUAAAGGGUGCAACCACCCCAAUCUCCCCCAGUAGGCUCCGUUACAUCGGCAAGCGAAAGUCAAAAGGACCGUGUUGCGCACAUCUCACAGCAUCUCACGGAAAUAAAUAUGGCUUCGUUGAAGGAUUGGGAUGUGCUGCGGCUUUCCACGCUGAUUACGAACGUGAACACGAAGCUGUCGGCGAGCAUUAGGUCGGACAAAGAGUAUCAGCUGUUGUGUCUCGUGCGUCAGAACGAUCAGAUCCUGUUCCGGUACAUCGAUCGCCAUGGCGAGGUGCAUCUGAUGCUGCUGUGUUGGUUCACCGAGAAUCAGAAGAAAAUUCAGGACGUGUGUUUUGACAGCGACGGUUGCCGUUUGUUGGUGUUUUGUUACGACAACACGCUGCACAUCGUACCGGCGCUUGCCAUUUGUGAUAAGUCGCAGGAGGACACGACGGCACGGGUGCCGGAAAUCACGUCGUACAUCGUGCCGUUUAUUGGUCCGCACGAGUGUCCCAACCCGCAGACGUGUCCGAACAACUCGCACAACACCCAACAGCACCAGCCGAGCUCGUCGCAUCGAUCGUCGGUGGCGUCCGAGAGCAGUCUCAAGGAGGCGGCCGCCAGCGGAAGUCCAUCGUCAGCGGAACCCAACGUGAUUUUCGAUGCGCCGACGAUCCGGAAGUCUAGCUCCACUUACACGACGCACAAGAUCGAUGAGAUCUUCUCGCUUAACAGCCUCUACCGGAAGCUGUUCCUGGAGCAGCUGGAUAAGGCGAGAGAGGAGGAGAAUGCGAACCGCAGCAUAUCGGCCGCCGGAACUGACACACCGAUCGCGAUGCAAACGAUCGAAGAUUUCUUCGCCGAAGGGUGCCAACAGAGGGAGCCCGGGAGUGGUGGGAUUGGCGAGGCAUCGAAAACAUCCACCCCGCAGGAGACGUACUCGAUCAGCUCGAGUCUGGAGUCGACGGUGUCGGUGUCCUGUCCGUAUCCCACGUGCUGCAGUUGGUGGAAGACGCUUUCGAAUGAACCGCGGGCGAUUCUCGGAUACUCGGACGGCUCGAUUUGUGUCGUGGGACUCAUGCCAAACUGUUCGUUUCUCGGUGAUACCAAUUGCGAGCGUGGAUCGAUCGAAAGGCUGAUCAUUUGCCAGGAUAACAGCAUGGAAACGAUCAGCUUGAUGAUAAACACCUCCACCAAAGAGCAGUGGAAGCUGCUGCUGGAGCAAAAGUCCAUGAAGUACACCUUCCCGGGCGUCAUCACUCCGACUUCCGUACAGGACUUGAAAUCGGAACUGCUCAAAGCCGACGGUGGAGAGAGCGAGAACAGCUCGGUGGCCAUCGAGGACUGGCAGGUUGUGCUGUCGCUGUCAAAAGACGGUGGAUCGGGACCGAGUGGAGGGCACCAGCAGCGUCAGCCGGGAACGCCGGGCACGCAACCGAACAACGAUGCGGACAGUAACGAUUCGAGCCCGAACAGCUCCGAACCGCCCUCGGGGGAUGAUUUCGAAAAGGUUGAAAGCGAACCAACCGUCGAUGGAAACGAAAAGACAAAUGGAACCGCCGGGCAGCAGCAGGGCGCUCUUCCGAAGCUGUUCCCAGCGGCCAAAGCGAGGUUGCUCUCGUUGCGUGAUUUAGGAGCGAAGAAGAUCGGCACGCUGAAGCUGAAGCUAUCCGAGAGCCGCAUACGGGCGAAGGAACGUGAGCGGUUUAAGGAGCAAGCGGCCAACCUGGCAGUGAUGGAACUCCCCGGGAUGUACCCGGAGAUUCUGACGACCCCGGCGGGGCCGUACUUUGUGGUGCAACACCUGGAGGGAAGGUAUCUGCUGAGCGCAUUGCAUUCCUACUCGGACACGCUGUCGGUGCACAGCAUGGACAUAAGUCUGAUUCCGUUGCACAUCUACAAGCUGCCGAAGCAGUGCCAUACGACCCUGCUGACGAGGAACGUGCUGUACGUGUUGCACAGCCUGCAGACGGAGGAACAGACGGAGGACACCGUUCUGGAUGAGUCGGCUUCCGUGAAGAUAGACGAGGGCAAUUCCGCUGACGAGAGUAGUAGCCUCACGACCGACGCGGGAACAGCCAACACCGUGAGUGUGGUCAGCUGCAAGAUCUCGUCCAUGAAGAUGGGUGACGAUUGUGAUUUUAACGAGCAUUCGUUGCUGGGAGUGUUCCACUUUCCCGAUGAACGGGUGCUGGACAUCCACCGCAUUUCGGGUAGUGGUCCGAGGCCGGAAAAUAACCGUACAUCCCAGGAUGGAUCGGCUGGAAACGGUGAGCAGUCGACAGCGACGGCCAACGCCGAAGCAAACGAUGGUCGAUCGAUCUUUCAGAAAUCGGCUGUUUCGAACUAUUUGCGCAUCCAGCGUGGAUUGCGUAUGGAGCGCAAACUGGACACGUCCGAGGAUCAGGUGAUGGCGAGCGAAUUUCCGGACAUCGAGUUCGACCAGGCACUGAUCGUCACCGAUCGUAAUCUCUACUCAGUCGAGCUGGCGGAGAGUGGGAAAAAUUUGUUCCUCAGCCUCGCGCACAAGUGCAUCUGGGCGGCGUGUGAGGAUUUCUGUGCCACAUUUGGUCUCCCGUUGGCCAGCAGCAUCGAGUAUGCGGGUGAUGUGUUGCUACGGCGGAAACGAAUCUCGGAGGCGUUGAUGACGUACAACGUGGCUCGUUUGUCUCCAAUGAAAACGGCGCUCAAGCUGGCGUUGGCGAACGAGAACAAGGCACUGAUGAAGCUGUCCGCGAUGGCCCUACGUAACUCGCACAUCAUCAACAGCCAGUUCCUGAUGCACGACAUCAUGCGAUUGCUGGUGGAGGAGGCUCACAUGGGAAACGUCGUGUACGAUUCGUUGAUGAACCUAAAUGCACGCACGACACUGCAGCCCAUCAACACCGGUGCACAAUGCAGCGACUUUUCGUACGACAACGACGACGUGCUGAUGGACGUGCAGAUUUCACCCUCGGACCAGUUUCACCUUUCGAAUCUGAUGUUUCUGACGUUGUGCGAGCGCUGCACGGUUGACAAAAACUACAUCCCACUGUGGAAUUACAUCGUGACCAACAGCAAGUACCACACGAGCCUGGCGUGUAUCAUGCUAGCGCACGGAAAGCUGUUCUCGACGGCCGUACUCCUUGCGAUGACACGUGGUACCUGCUUGGACGUAUUUAGCUGCCUUGUGGGCACGUGGGAGCAAACGGUGACGGACGCUCAACCCGCUACACCGGCCGAAACCAACGCGUUCGUGUACAACCUAUCGAACGAGCUGUUCAUGGAGUGUCUGAUCUACCUGCAGGACUACACGGUCAACUACUUCCAGCUGAUCCGGAAGUAUCUUCUCGUGUUCGACAUUAACGUGCUGGAGCGGUUAAUCCGGCAGUUGAAUCCGUUCCAUCCCGUCUAUCGGCCGUUGAUGCAUCGACUUUCGAAUCACGAAACAACGGCGAAAGAGCCGUCUGGCAAACAUCUGCUGUUUUUCUGCAAGACACUCAUCGAGACGUUCCUGGCCGUGUCGAUCCGUGCGCAGCAACUGAAGAUGCACCACGAUGGGUCGUUCUUGAAUGCGUUGAAGCACGUGCGUGUGCAUCACGAGGAGUGUGCCGUCGAGAUGCGCCUGGCGCAAUUUAGCCCAAUCGCCACUGGGUUCUUUCACGCGGCUGCCAUCGUGAAUCACGCGGCGUUCGUUUGGGGAUCGAACGGAGUUAACUGCGCAUUGAGUCGAACCUCGCUGCAGGGUGAUUCGAUUGGACCGAACGGCCAGCCACCGGUCGUGAGCUUUCUCCGCCAGAUUGAUCUCGAGGUUCUCGCCGUUCAAUGUGGACGGCUUCAUACGUUGUUCCUUACCAGCAAUGGGCUUUACUCGAUGGGUUCCAACAAUCUCGGACAGCUGGGGAUCGGUAAUCACGUGAUCAACGCCCUGCAACCGAUGCUCGUGAAGAUACUGGAUGGAAAAAGUGUUACACACUUUUCGGCUGGCCAGUAUCACAAUGCGGCCGUUGCGAACGGUUUGUUGUACACAUGGGGGUGGGGCGUUUUUGGCCAACUUGGACAUGGCACGGUUAAUAAUUGCUGUACACCAAAGGUUUUGGAGUUUUUCCGACAUAAGAUCAUUUUGCAAGUAUCGUUGGGCCAUGCUCAUACUAUUGUGCUGUGCAGAGACGAGCCCGGAGCUGGCAGCAGCCUGUACGUGUUUGGCUCGAACCACUACGGUCAGUUAGGACUGGGGCAGGAAGAUCCGUUCGGAACAACCGUCGACACUCGCAAUGGGAAAUCGUUUUUGAUUUCAUCGAUUCCUCGCAAGUUGCAGCUGGACGAAGAAAUAUCCCUCAUCAACACAAAACUGUUCGCUAAUCUCGUUCUUACGACGUCCAACAAAUUGUACACCUGGGGUUCGUCUCCGCAAGCUCUACGUUUAGCUACACAGGCUCGCAAGCGUGCCAAGUCCUCGAAUUCGGGAAAAAGCGGUAGCUUCUCCAAAUUUAGCUCCAUUUUACGAUCGACGGUAGCGUCAUCCAAAUCAAGUACCUCGGAAUCGGCGGAGAACGACUUCGAGUCUUCCUCUUCGGAACAAUCAACGGAGGAAAGCGCGAGCAAGGAAUGCUCCACAACGGUUAACGCGCCGGAAGCUGUGGAAGGACAAACGCGAGCAACUGAGACGCCGGAAGACGUCGAUCCUGUCCCAGGACAAUCAGAUACCAGUAUUAUCAUUCCGGAGAUCAAAAUCACCGAAGACAGCUCGUCUGGCAGUGAAAAGAACGCUUCGGCCACGGAUUCGGAUGAGAAGUCGACGGCGAGCUGUGGGGACGAAGCAAUGGAGCAUUUGUUUCCGUCCUUCGUCGAUAUUGGCCUCGUCGAUGGGAACAUCGUGAAGAUUUCCAGUGGAUUGUAUCAUUUUGCGAUCGUUACUGAGGACGGCUCCAUUUACACCUGGGGCAAGAACAUAGAGCGCCAGCUGGGUCGCGAAGGCAGUCGGAACGAAGUGCUGAUACCUUCCCGUCUGGAAACGAUCGAUAACGUGGAGUACGUGGAGUGCGGCGCAGAUUUCACGCUCGUUAUGACAAAGGAUCAUAUCCUGAAGGCUUGGGGCAACAACAAUAUGGGCCAGUGUGCCAAAGAGAUCAAUCUCGACCGUACCGGUAUACCGGGCAAGCUGGUACGGCUACCGAUCUCGAACCGUGUCGUUCGCAUCCCGGACAGCUCCCAGUUCAUCGAGGCACCGUACGAGGUGAAGCUACCGCCGAACGGGGGCCUGGGAUAUGACGAGCCGCUGCGGUUCCUGAAAUCGAUGCCGAAGUUCCGGCGUUCGUUUGUGAUAAAGAGUGCCCUGGAGAAGCUGAUCAGCAAUAAUUUAUCGACAAUAAGCUCCAGUCUGAACGAUAUCAGCAAUGCAGAGGUGGACGAUGUGGUUGGCGAGCUGCCGGAUUCGUUGAACGAAGGACGACUGCUGUUGCAGCAGCAGCAACAACACGCCAACAGCACUAUGUCCUCGUUGCAAUCCGUCUCGUACGCCACAUCACCAACGUCACUAGCGCUGGAUGACGAGGAUGACGAUGAGGACCUGAAUGAUGAAGAUGACGAUGGGGAAGAUGACGCGGAUAGAGAGGCAAUGAACGUGGAUGGUAACGAAGAGAGGCGGGCGCUGGGUGGAACGAACGAUCGAUCCAUGGAGACUUCGCGCUUGUACGGCGAGCGCCAUUUGCUGAGUAACGAUUUCAUCCACUACUGUCUGUACAUGUUCCAUGGGCUGUACAGCCAGGACGAUGUGCUGGAGCUGACGAAACGCGGCCACGAGUACCACAUCCGCAUGAUGAUGCUGAACUACGAUUACGUCGAGGCGUUCCGGUUGAUACUGGAGCUGCUUUCGUCGUCGCUGUCAUCGUCCGCCUCGGCUACGGGCAUCGCCCGGCAAACGCAGAACCUGGUGAAGAUCUUCGAGUACUUCACCAAGGAUUCGAACAUUAUUCCGAUGGAAACGGGCAACAUCAAGUACUUCAUUUACGAGCUGUUUAUGUUCUUCAUCCGGCACAACCUGAAUGUGUCCGUGUUGGAGGAGUUUUUCAUGCGCAAUCUGGAUUGCUACCUUGUGCAGCUAGCGUUCGUGUUGUACUUCAACAAUCUCAACAACCUGCUGACAUCCCCGCGAUUGCCACCGAUCUCUGGUGCGGCCGGCAUCGACACGGAAGUGCUUAUGCUCGAGCGCAAGCUGUUGGACAAGUUUAAUAACAAUAACGGCAGCCUACUGCUGACCGGGGAGCUGUUUGGUCAAGCACGAACGUCGACGAGCGGUGGUCAGAUGAUCCGUAAGCUAGAGAACACUGACACGAUCUGUAAGGCGCUCAGUACCACGUUCAAUGUGACGUUGUGCCAGAAGCUGCUCGAACAUUUCGAUCGUUUUAAAUGA